AUAUCGACAGUCACAGCUAUAAUCCAUUCAAAGUGUUUGUCUGACAAAAUUUGUGAUUUUUCGACCCAAAAUAUCGAAAUUGUCAAACUAUAAUCAUAUGAAGCCAAAUGUCACAUAUUUUCAAAGUUUUGUUUACAUAGAGAGAUAAAUAAUAACGCCAUGAACAUAAUGUUUGACAUUAAUUUCGUUCACGUUUACAUUUAAAAAUAAUUUUGUAGUUGUGUAUGCGACUUGCCUAAUGUGAUGUUCUUCCCUUCUUUAAGCACUUUUGUUCAACUUUCACAUGCGUUUAUUUGAAAUUUAAGCACAAUCGUGUGUAUGUGGUAGAUACAGACGAACGUCUCAUUAGGGAGCAUAAAAGUGAACGUAUAACGAAUAUACCUUAGGUGAAUGUACUACGUGAGACUCACACAUUUUUGUUAUGAAUUUCUUCGUUAAUCGUGAAUUUGGAGAAAAUUGACCGACAGUCGUAUUAUGCCGAAAAAUAUUCAUUUCGAACAUUCCAUUUGAUUGCAAAAAUGCUAAAAGUGUCAUCAAGUAGCCAAAAAAACAAAAUCAAAAUGGACUUUGUCUCAAAUAAAACGAAAUUAGAGGAUCCAAGUGCCAAUUUAUCAAUUGCAACCUCCGACUUACCCUCAAUAUUCAAGCUAAGUGUUGAGUGCUUUCACAAGAUCUUCGAUUUGCUGUCGCUCAGUGAUUUAAUUGCCGUUGGCCAAACAUGUAAGCACCUCCAACGAAUAGCCGGUGAACUGUUCCGAAUCAAUUACACGGCAAAAGUUGCGCGUGAAAGUAACGGAAUCUACAUUUCGGCGUUACAAUCAAACAUAUUCAGUAAAUUCAUCGAGAAAAUAUCAAUUUCGGGUGAUCGUUUGAGAGCGUAUCAGUUUGUCGGUGCAAAUUGUUCAAAAUUAAUAAAAUAUUUUCGAGUUCAUGGUAAUUUGCCGCGCGGUGGUUUCGAAUAUGUCAAAGAAAUCUUAAAGAAUAUUGAAUGUUUAGAGUUAAAUGAGUGUGUUAUGAAUGAUGAACUAUAUGAGAAUUGUCUGAAAUAUUGUGUCAGCUUAAAGUCCCUCUAUGUAACAAGAUCGGUGCGAAUUCGAGACAAAUCGAUAAUCAUUGGCACCGACAAUGAAUGGUUGCUGCGAAGCUACCCGACGCUUGAAUAUGUUGAGUUGGCCGAUUGUUAUCGACUGGAAAAUAAUCAAUUGCAAACAUUUUUUGAGAAAAAUCCAAACAUUCACACAUUUUCAACGGACUCACGAACACUGUGGGUGAAUCGUCACAUCUUUUUUGAAUCAAACAUUAAACUAGACGUAUUAGCUAUUGAUGCUGAACAAAAUAGUAUUGUCGGCGAAAAUAAUCAACUGAUUUCAAUGGUGGAUUGUAUUUAUACUUUGCUCAAUGAACUAUACGAACGAAAGUGUUUUAAAAGUUUAAAUUUGUACAUGACUAUAUUGACGAAUCAAGAGAAUGUUAAUAAAUUAUUGUCACUUAAAGCAAUAGAUAUAUUGCAUGGAGAUAUUCGGCAAAUUGAUCAUCCUUUGGUUGAUUUAAAAGUGGCUGGAUUUUUUACAGCCGAAGGUGCUGUUAACACACAAAAUUUACCGAACGUCCAACAACUCUAUACCAUUAAUAUAACAGUGGAUCGUAUUUGGUUGGUGAUUCGGUCAUGGCCAAAACUUAAGGAAAUCCGAAUAAGACACCUUUUCGAAGGCAUACAAUAUCGAAAAUUAGAUUUGGUCGCAUUGAAUAGAGAACGAAGAAAAUUAGCGGGCGCACAGAAAAUUACGAUUUAUUUAACCGAAGACGAUUAUUUAGCGAUAAAAUGGACCACGCGAUUUACAGAUCUUGAUUUGAUUCAAGUGAAACGUUUGGAAUCUACAGAUUAUGACACUUUAUGUGCAAGAUUUAGAUAUUUUGUAUUGUUUUAGAUACGUUUUGUAAAAAAUAAAAAUAGAAAAUAAUAAUUGCAAAA